AUGGCCCUCAUGCGAAGCUGGCUCGCCCAGCAUAUCGAAAAGUCUCUAGCAGAGGCAGUGGAUUGGCUGAAUAGCGGGAGAUUGCCAAUUGGUAUGAUGGUCUCCUCAGCUCGCGCCAUAGAAAUUGGAGGAACUAUCGAUAACACACUGCGUACAAUGCAAAAGAUCUUAAAUCCUAGAGAUUGCAACAACGAUUUUCACUCGUCCGUCAUGCCCGAGUCUCGGAAUUCUUCACUUCUUUCACAGUCCGCUAUGUUUGCGACACAGGUCUCGAACAGAAUUUCGGAACCGCGGAAGGAGAAGAAUGAUGCUUCCCGAGCCCAGGCGCCAGAUAUUCUACGCGUUCUCCAAGGAAACCACCAGCCAGCCGUUGAAAUCACAAAUACUAGUCCUCAACCCAAUCAGCCAGGACCACCGCUUGACUCUCCUAUUAGUACGAGUGCAGCACGACCGCUUUCAUCAAUGUCAAAUUCCAGCGCAACGAACUCGGAGGAAGAUAAUGACCUAGGGAAUUCCAAACAUGCACACGUACCACGGUCACCCAUCGAACGUUCUAUAGAUCAAGAAGAAGUUGGCAGCGACAGGAUAUUGGAUGACAAGGAGCCUAGUUCAAAGAAUGCGGCGCUCACUGUCAUUGGAUCUUCCAACAGGGCGAGACAUCAAGGUGUUCCAGUCAAUGAAAUUUACCCAUUUCAGCAAAGUUUGGCAUUUAUCCCGCGUUCUUACGCCCUUAUCUCGAAAGAACAGAGAGCUAUUUUGGAGCGUGUGAACUCGUGGGUUUCACCGUCAGAGAAUUAUGGGUCAAUGCCACCACUACUCCCAGGUGUCCUGCAGGCUAAUUUAUUAGCGUUUCACGAAAAACGGCUCGCUAGACAAGAAUCGGUCCACUGUAAGAACACGGUACAGAGCAGUGAAGAGCCCAACCUGUACCCGGAUCUAAACACUGUCGGAACUAGGGACAGUGAAGAUGGUGAUACUACUCAUCAUGGCAAUGAUAUCUCAGAAGACUCUAACAAAGAUGCGGAAGAAGUUGCGUAUACUUCCGAACUGCUGCACUUUCACAAAUCACCUGACAACGAGGAGGACCAUCAGUCGGAUAGUGACUCGAGUGAUCUUUCCAAGCUUAGUUGCCCGAGCCCAGAAGCCAACUCAAUGCCCAGGCAAGUUAUGGACGUAAACGCUGCACCGGAUCAAUCUUUAGGCCAAGCACAUUCGGUGACACAACCUAGUCCGACAAUUGAGAAUGGUGCUGUUAUACCUAGUGCAGAUGAUUCUAAUGCGCCAACUUCAGAUGGUUCUCAAAAGAGCAUUUCCCAAUCGCCCCCUGCUAUUUCACAAAGCAUAAGAACGUCCAAUGUUAAGAUCAGACUACCUACAGCAUCAACCUUUGACUUAACUAGUAGCCCUUCUGAUGACGAAGAGAUCGAACUGGGUCACGCACAUGUCCUAGGCGAAGAAAUCCACCGCAGCGACCCACUUGUAGAUGAAUACCUACCAAUUUCACAGCCUACCCUGCCCAUAAUCACACGGCAUAAGUCUGGAGUACAAGUCGAAAAGACACCGAAGCGAAGAAAACGCCCAAUUGAAGAAUUGUCCUCGGAUGCUAUUGUCCCUGGCACUUAUAAUAGCUCACAAAAGGAUCCUGAUGAUAAAAGCUCGUUCAUCCCUGAGUCCGGGAUAUUUUCGUUACCAUCGCCCUGCAAAUUACCUUCAAAAGUUACGGAGACUUUUGUCGAGGUGCAUCAAGACAAGCACGAGCGAAAUGACUCCGAGAUCCAACGGUCUCAUGCCCGACAGAUAUCAUCAACGUCCAAUGAUGACAUAAUUUAUGAGAAUGCAUCGGGACCCCAGCCUUACCCACAUCUACAAAUUUCCGAUCUUGAUGGAGUUGCUUCUGAUGUUGUACCUUCUACUGUUGGAAGACCUCCCACUAACCACUCGCCAUCAAAUCAAAAUUCCCCUGAGCAAGGACAUGAUCGGGGCAUUCUUGCCAAGAGACGAAGAAUUACAGAUCCUGUGGCUUUAGGCUUCAGUCAAGAAGAAUCCCCCUAUAGGGACAGGAAUGAAAUGUUUAAUGACAUUGGACGAUCACGACAUGAGUAA